UGCCAGUCUGACCCUGUAGCAGAAAUGACAACCCUCCAGCCUCGGGGGCCCUACUCCCAGGAGGAGCUUCGAAAGCUCUAUCCUGAAGGACUGCAACUACAACUCGUGCAAGUUCUGUUACGGCAUGGUGAGCGGAGUCCUGUCUCUGCACGCUUUCGGAACGCUGGCCUACAACCAUUUUGGCCAUAUUGUGCUAUUGCCCGGCAGAUGGUGAGCGCAGCAAUGGAUGUUAACGACGCCCAAUGGACCCCUUUAAAAUGGCGGAGAAGGCUCGAGACAUUUGGUGUCGAUGACGGACCUGUUGUAGCAACUGGGCCUCGAGGGGAAGUGGAUGCUAUCUGCAAUCUGGGGGAAUUGACUGAUAUAGGAAGGAAAACUACUUGGGAGCUAGGCCGGCGUCUCCGACAUCUCUAUGUUGAUCAACUGCAGUUUAUGCCUCCGACGAUUCAAGAUGCGGAUAUGAUUUACCUGCGGGCAACUCCUAUACCUCGAGCCCUGGAGUCGCUCCAGCAAGCAUUCUGGGGAAUGUAUCCCUCUCAUACUCGUGCCGCGUCAUUUCCUCCUAUCACAAUUGUGACAAGAGCCCCGGCCGAUGAAACCCUCUUUCCGAACGAUGGGAAUUGCAGACGUUUUGCCCAGCUCUCGCGAGCGUUUGCGCAAAGAACCGCAGAUAGGUGGAAUAGUACCUCUGAAAUGGAGUAUCUCAACAAGCUCAUUUCUAAAUGGAUGCCGGAAACUAGCAAAAGGGUAGCCGUGGAUUCGCACCCCAGACUCUCGGGAAUCAUGGAUACGAUCAAUUCAACGCUCGCACACGGCCCAGAAACGAGGUUGCCGAAUGAGUUCUAUGAUGCCAAAGGCCGAGCUAUCAUUGAAAAAAUUGGAGUGGAAGAAUGGUUUAGUGGAUACCAGGAGUCUCAAGAGUAUCGCUCCCUUGGUAUCGGUAGUCUCAUGGGGGAUGUAGUGUCUCGCAUGGUAGGCAGUGUAGAGAUGAAUGGCAAUGAUGGUUUAUCGGAAAUUGGGGGUAAAGAUGGAUCGACGGGAAGUGGAAGAGGUGGCGAGAAGGCUAUUAAAAUGGCUCUUAGUGGCUGCCAUGAUACUACACUCGCGGCCGUAUUGUCGAGUUUGGGUGCCUUUGAAGGGAAGCCGUGGCCCCCAUACACGAGUCACAUUGCUCUAGAGCUGUUCAAAAAGUCCGAUUUACAGCAAGCUCAAGUGCCAGCAAAUCCGAAGGUCGAAACCACGACCGCCGGUGCUGGUGACCACAAGACCCCAAAGAGCUGGUUCGGGUCAAUUUUUGGCAGCAGCAAGAAAGAAGAGAACAAUCCAGUUGGAAUUGCAAGGCGCAAGGUUGAGGAGCUCACGGAUACUGACAGGUCGAAGCUGAAUGGAUAUUUCGUCCGAAUUCGAUACAAUGAUGAGGUCAUGAAGGUGCCGGGUUGUAAAGCUGUUGGCAAACAUUUGGAUGGUGAUGAAUCAUUCUGCACUUUGGAGGCUUUUAAGGCCAUCGUAGAUAAAUACACACCUACUCACUGGAAGAAAUCCUGUUUGAGCAACAUGGAUGAACCGCCGUUUCCAGCAAAACCAGAGCCCGCCGGAUAUUAGAUGAAUUAAUAUAGGCAGAUAUGCGAUAUACAUAUGCAUAUUUUCAGCAUGGAGUAUGGCGCCGAAUCUUGGGAUUUACAUGCAUGGAAUCUAGAUAGCUCAGACAAUAAUAGCUAUUGACUCAAGCACUUCCUCUGUUUAUUUCAUUUCC